AUGUUUGACUAUAUCACCAAAGUUAUCCCAUGUGGUAUUGCUGCUGCUAUGGAGAUAUCCUGUGCCAAUGCCUCACUGGUUCUCAUCACAUUAUCCUUUUACACGGUGAUAAAGUCAAGUACACCUGUUUGGGUGCUUCUCUUUUCAUUUAUGUUUGGGUUUGAGAAGCCAACGCUGAAUCUGAUUGCGGUGAUUUCUCUCAUUGUGGUGGGUGUGUCUUUGACAGUGGAUGGAGAGUCUCAUUACAAUACACAUGGAUUCAUGCUGGUGCUUGUAGCUGCUAUUGCAUCAGGACUACGAUGGAACCUGACCCAGUUCUUGAUGAAGAAAAACGAUAAGCAACAACAACAGAGUCCACUGGCCACCAUGUAUCAUCUGAGCCCCAUCAUGUUUAUCACCAUGCUAUCACUCAGUUUGUACAUCGAAAGACCUUUUCAGCAUCACCAACAUGCAUCGAGUUAUCUGGAUUUCGCAUUCAAGGCGUUGGUUUCUCUAUCCAUUAUGGCUGUUGGCGGCAUCUUAGCUUUUAUGAUGACUUUGUCCGAAUUGUAUUUGAUUAAAGGGACAAGUACAGUGACAUUGAGUGUGGCAGGCAUCAGCAAAGAGAUACUAGUGAUUACACUGUCUGUUUUCAUCUAUGGAGACAUUUUGACAACAAAGACAUAUCUAGGGUUGUUCAUUUCAAUUCUAGGCAUAGCAGGCUACAAUUACUACAAGUACUCGAAUAACAAGGUUCAUGAUCGUCUUAGUAAACCCAUCGAAAAGACAGAAUAG